AUGUCAAAAGUAGUUGAUAAAAAUUUAAGUUUUGAACUUGGAGAAGAACUCAAUUACCAUGUAAAAGAUUCAUUAUCAAAUAUCGAAAAAAUAUCUAUAGAUCACUUUAUAUGGGAUUUACAAGAUCAUAGAGGACAUAAUGAAGUUGUAUUAAGUCGCAAACCUGGUGAUGACGAAAAGAUUCGGCUAGUUUUUAAUAUUUUAUCUACGGAUUCUUUAAAUGAUGAUGAUACAUUUAAUUCUAUUAAAACAAAUCAAAAAGAAAAUACGAUAGAGAGAGUAAAAUAUGAUUUAAAUGAAGAACAAAGACAAAAUAUUGAGAAAUUAAAAGGGCCCAUAAGAUGUGUUAUAACCAUUGAAAAGAAAAAUAAAAGUGUAUUAGCAUUUGAAACCAUUGUACAACAAGACAAAUUUCUUCUUGAAAUCAUUACAUAUUAUGAAAACCAUAAAUCCAAUCAUGGAAUAAAGUAUAUUAACCUAAAUAAAGAUUUAAGAUUAUCAUUUAAAAAAUAUUUAAAAAUAUAUGGCAUAAAUAAGAAUUUAGCAAUAUUUAUUACAAAAUAUUACAGAUAUAAAGAAGAUCAAGAAUACAUCGAAUGGUUGGAAAAUUUAAAAGCUUUUGUCGAUAAUUAG